GUUACAACACCUGUGCAGUACAAGGUAUGUGUUGUGGCUAAUAAUAAGAAUUCCCUGCAAAGCAGCUUCUUUCAACAGCCCCAGGAAGAUCACUUAGUGAUGUCAUUUCCGUUGUCCAGGUCUAAACAUCUCUUCUACAGUCUCAAUGGCUUUCUUUAGGUCAAAACUUUUAUAGUGAGAGCGCUGGGUGUUGUAUUGACUGCAGUGCAAACGCUCUUGGAGCGGUGUGUAAUGAAUGUGGAUCUUGCUGUUUUGUUCCAUUGGGGCGCUUUGAUCGCCGGGCUUCUAGUGAAGCUGAGGAGGACCCGCAGUGAAGACAACGUGAAUGAUCGUGUAAAGUGAAACUGCUUCCAAACAAAAUGCAGGCACUGUUCAGCGCACUGAACCUUCUGCUUUUGCUAAUGCUAUUCGGAUUUUAUCCGUCUAUGGCUGAGCUCACCGCUAUCACCCCUUCGCUGACUCGGGAGCGGCAAAGACCAACACGCACUGUCCUCCGACUGCUUAUUUUCACUCUGCAGGCCCGCCAUGCAGCCAACCCAGAGCUACAGCGUCGGAGGACAAAGCAGCUCUGGUCAGCUAACAGGCAAGCCCGCAGGUGCCCAGCCAGUCUACAGGGGUCGCUGGUGCGCGGUGAGCCAAGGACACCCUGGCCGACUUAAGCCGUCCCCCUCCCGGGUGGCCAAUUGUGCGUCGCCUCCAGGGAACUCCCGUCCACGCUCGGCAACCUCCAGGCUGUAGAAUGGAUCCUGCACUCCACAUGGAGCACCUUUACCAGAUGCGCCACUCGGGAGCCCCUCAGUUAGAAUAUCAUUUUGACAGAUGUUUUAUGUGGUGCUGCACAAUAAGCAGUUUUGGGGCUUCCAAGUUUGUGUUGUUUUUUAUUUGAUAUAAUUAAGAAAUUAAAAUGUAUUACACGAACAGAGUACUACAUCUUCAAAACAUUUUUAAAGAAAGCACAGACAUGAUCUUUUAAUUUAUAUAUAAAAAGAGCAUGCCUGUGCUUUGUUUAAAAAUGUCUAGAGGGAUAUUUGUAACCGCAUCAAAAAACAAGUCAAAUAAUAUCACUGCCAGUUUUAUUUGUAGCAAAACCUCAUUUAAAGUAAAUUUCAACCUUUUUAGUAACAUGUUAAUUGAAGCAUGGGUAAGUUCUAUUCAUAAUUCUAUAGGGUGAUGCAAAAGUUUUGGCCAUAACUGUAAAUGUAAAGGUGAUAAACAGUAUCAACUUGUGCACAAUAAUGAAUGUUAAGUACAGUUCUAUGUGGUUGCUUUUGAAUUUUGUUCCAUCAGCAAUUUAGUAAUGAGACUUCAUUACUUUUGAAAAAAAAUACAAAUAAAAUAAUAAUCUCUUGAGGCUGCAUUCAUAAAUUUUUAAGAAGAUAUAUAACUAUUUUGAAACCAAAUUUACCAUCAUGAAAAAUAAAGAACAUAAAAGAAAUAAUACUAGAAGGGUGAACAAUUGAGAAAAGCAGGAAUAAUAUAGCAAGUUUUCCUAUAUAAACUAUACAAGUACCAUAAAAAGACUUUAAUAAUCAGGAAUCAGGAAAUACAGCUACAUAAGUGAUUAUAAGUUUGUGUGCAGUUCAGUUGAGUUGCACAAUGGAAUCAUUUAAAUGUUUCAGUAACAAUGCAGAAACUUUAUAUGAACUCGGUGUGUAUGCACUACCAUGACACCCCAUUGAUCCAAAUGGGAACAAUACAACUCUGCUGGAGGUCCAGGCAGCUGUGCUCAGCAGUGGAUUUGUAGGCUAUUCUUUUAUACAACAUUGAUAGCUUGCCGUGCACAGCUGACCUCUGUUGUUUUCUAGCAGUAAAUCACUUGCGGUUCAUGAAUUCUAUCAGGAUAUCUGGCUUUAUUGUUCCCAUAAUUGCAUAUGUUGUAAUAUGUUAUACUAGAAAGAGUUAAGGUCCCCACAAAGAUAGUAACUCCUGAAAAAGCGACAUUGUGGGGACGUCCCCACUUUGUAAUACAUGUUUUUAAGAACUAAAUAUGCCUUCAAAAAAAAGAAAAGCCAAAAUAUUUACUUUGUUGUCGACUUUCACCCUGUGUGGAGUUUUGUCUGACUGGAGUUAGAAAUAGUAAAUCAAAAUAUAGGAAUGCAAAUGUGUGUGUGUGUGUGUGUGUGUAUAAUUUAAGACAAAGGGAGAUUUUGUUUGGAAUCAGGGUUUUGAACUUUAAAAUGUUGCAUUCUGAACUUUAAUAUUUUAGAUUCUGAAACAGUGGUGCCAAAGUUAAGAUUCAGUUCGCUGGAGGUUUUCCAAAUCUCAAACCUCACUUGCAAACUUUUAUAAAAGUGUUUCAGAUGUGGAUAACUGCAUUGUGCACAUCCAAAAGUAGAGUCUGCAAGGGGCUAAAAUAAAGAGACCCCUUUUUACACCAGUCAGUGAAUAUGAAUAAAUACUGAGCAUGAUUGAUAUUGUACAAUAUUUACAUUAACUGAUCCACACUGGGACGCUUUAUAGAGUUAGUAAACAACAAACAUUUGUAUCAUUGAAAACUGCUUUUUAAACCAGCAAAUGCACUUAGGUUUUUACUUUCUAGAUUCCCAGAGCACCCUGGCAAUACCAUAAUUAGCACAUUUAACUUUAUCAGUCACUUAGCCUUCCCUAUUUAAUCAUUUUCCUUUCUUUAAAGUGUAUUUAUUUAAACAAGCAAGGCAGUUUGCAUUCAUACUAAUGUGCAUUAUAAUAUUUGAAUUAGAGCUUUGAAUACGUCACUAGAUCUUACAAACCAAGUGUCAAGUUAAGGGACAUUCCAUAAUAGAAUGGCACAAGCAAAUGUUAUUUAGUAGGUAUUUGUUUUAUGAAAACAUAAUUCUAUGUGUAUUUACUGUCUAUUUUUUAUUAAUUUAUUUGUAACUAUUCAUUAAUUUGUCUCUAGAAUACAGAAAUGUGUCUGAAGAGAAAAGUAAUAAUUGACUAGUCUUUUUUUCAGCUGACUAUAAUACACGUGUAGUGACCUAGAAUACAAACCAGUAGACCAGUAUCAUGCAAAAGUUACCAUUUUGCUUUAGGAUUAGUCCGUUUCUGGGUCUUUGUAUUCUUGCCUUUGUAUUUAAUGGUCACGUCUUUGACUCGCAGCCUGCACUAGGCUGAUAAUCAGUUACCCUGAAAACUCAUUAGCUCCGUAGCAAUGAGCCCUCCGCUACUGAAGAUAGGUGCUGUUCUCAGUACAAUGGCAAUGAUUUCUAACUGGAUGUCCCAAACGCUGCCAUCUCUAGAAGGACUUAAUAGAACGCGCCUAUCAACGUUAGAUAGUACUAUUGGUCCAAAGGAAGGCUGGCAGGUGUACAGUUCAGCUCAAGACCCAGAUGGUCGCUGUAUAUGUACAGUGGUGGCCCCUGAACAAAACCUCUGUUCCAGAGAUGCAAAGAGCAAACAACUACGUCAGCUUCUGGAGAAGGUCCAGAAUAUGUCACAGUCCAUAGAAGUGUUAAACCUACGGACGCAGAGAGAUUUUCAGUAUGUUUUGAAAAUGGAGACCCAGAUGACAGGACUAAAAGACAAGUUUCGACAAAUAGAGGAUGACCGAAAAACACUUAUGACAAAACACUUUCAGGACCUUCAGGAAAAGAUGGAUGAACUGCAGCCUCUAAUCCCAGUUUUGGAGCAGUAUAAAACAGAUGCCAAAUUAAUCGUGCAGUUCAAAGAGGAGAUCCGUAAUCUGACUGCAGUUCUCACUGCAAUCCAGGAGGAGAUUGGAGUGUAUGACUAUGAGGAACUACACCUGCGUGUGAUCAGUUUGGAAACAAGGUUACGAGGCUGUAUGACAAAACUGACAUGUGGAAAAUUAAUGAAAAUCACUGGACCUAUUACAAUCAAGACAUCUGGAACGAGAUUUGGAGCAUGGAUGACUGACCCAUUAGCAUCUGAAAGAAAUAAUCGGGUUUGGUACAUGGACAGUUACACCAACAACAAAAUCGUUCGAGAAUACAAGUCUAUCUCAGACUUUGUAAGCGGGGCAGAGUCAAGGACCUACAACCUCCCGUUCAAAUGGGCUGGCACAAACCACGUUGUUUACAACGGCUCUCUGUACUAUAACAAAUACCAGAGCAACAUUGUCAUCAAGUACAGCUUCGACACCGGCAGGGUCCUUGCCCAACGCGCCCUGGAGUACGCUGGCUUUCAUAAUGUCUACCCGUACACCUGGGGAGGCUUCUCAGACAUUGACCUUAUGGCUGAUGAGAUAGGCCUUUGGGCCGUGUAUGCUACCAACCAAAAUGCUGGCAACAUUGUCAUUAGCCAGAUUGAUGCACAAACAUUGGAAGUGCUCCAGAGCUGGAGCACUGGCUAUCCUAAAAGAAGUGCAGGAGAGUCAUUUAUGAUCUGUGGGACACUGUAUGUUACUAAUUCCCAUUUAACAGGAGCCAAGGUUUACUACUCCUACUCUACAAAGGCGUCAAUGUAUGAAUAUAUAGAUAUUCCUUUCCAUAAUCAGUACUUUCACAUUUCCAUGCUAGAUUACAACGCCAGGGACAGGGCUCUUUACGCCUGGAAUAAUGGACACCAAGUAUUGUUCAACGUAACACUUUUUCACAUAAUUAAAACGGAUGACAUGUAGACCCCUUUUUUUUGCAUAGCAAAAAUAAUUUGUGAUAAUGACCAACUUUUUAUUUUUUCGUAAUUGGACAGUAUGUACAUUCUUGUUCUUUGAUAGUGAUAAUGCCUUUUCUACUUAUUUUUCGGCUCAUAAAAUAUUAGAAUCAAACAGUUCUCUACUUCAAAUAUGUUUAAAUCAAAAGAUUAUAAUCAUUGGAACCAUGGUUUGAAAAACAAGCCUGCCUUAUUUGUUUAAGUCAGAGGCUAAUAAUAGCUUUUGUGCAUGAAUGUCAAGGAUUUUGUUGUUUUGCCUUUUCUUCUUUCUUCUAACAAUCUAUCUCUGUCUGCAGCUAACAAUGUUUUUAGUAGUGGCUAUUAUGUUUUAGCUCAGAACCUUUGUUCUUUAGAAUUAUGUUGUUUAGUGUAAAAAUAUUUGAGUCCAAAAAGUUGACCAAUAGAUUCUUCUCCAAGAUAAUGACAUGUUUUCAGUCAUUGCAGUAACCGUUGUAUUUUGUUCAAUGCCUCUGUGAGAAUCAACUCAGUAUUAUUUUUUAUAAAAGAUAGUGAAAUUUAA